AUGAAUUAUGGAUAUCCUCAGCCCAUCCCCCCUCCCAGAAAGAAACUAAAGUCAUUGAUGGAGAUCUGCACCAUUAGAUUACUUGCAAACGUACGAAGCAUUGACAAUGUGGGAGAGUAUCCCAGUUUCCAUCUUUUACGACCGGUACUACGACGAAUGGAUGCCUCGCAUCUACGAAGAAUCGAGGCCCAGUCCCCGGAUUUACUCGACCAAACUGGACCACUAUGGAAAACUCUUAUUGAAAAAGAUUUCCCAAAACAUACUUUCCUGGAUGAUGAUGAAUCUGUUGGUUUUUCUACAGUAUAUCUCCGACUAGAUCAAGAGCAACAACAGCGGCGGGCCGCUGCGUUACAUAAGCUUAAAACCAAUCAACAACAAUUACAACUGGCAAGAAACCAGAUAGUAGGGUUGAAUGAGGAGUCAUCAAUCAGAAUGGUGAAUUUAGUGGUGAACCGCAAGCGGAAAAAGCGAUUCUUUGGCGAUGAUUCGGAAUUCAAAUCGGCAGCGAUGAAAAAAGUCAAGCGGGAUGUCAAUGUGAGAAAUAACUUGUUCAAAAUGGGACCUUCACCCACUACAAUGCUACAAAGACCCACAAUCACUUGUAGUGGUUUCAAUAAGUCUAGUCGAAUUAAGAACUCUGGGUUAUUAGAACAGAUUCAAACAAAUUCUUCCUCGAGGUCAGGGAUUUUCACUCAUAGAACCAAUCGUGAGGUUAAAAGUCCGACACUUAGACAACCUUCCACCAACACUCGGAACAUUGGUAGUUUCAGAUCUAGCCCUACUGCAAAACAAACCACUACUCUAUCUAAAUCUUUGGAUCGACCUGCUAGUGCAUCUCAAUCAGUAGACAGAUCUACCAGUUCGUCUCAAUCGCUAGAUAGACCUGUUAAUGUGUCACUUCCACCUCCCUCCGCCCCAAGUAAACUUGAAAAGCAGUUCAGUGGACGCUCUAAACUGUCAAUUUUCUUACCUCGCUCAAAGACUGGUUCCAAUGUUGCGAAAUCCAAAUCGCCGCCAGUUGUCACAUCAUCAUCAUCAUCAUCAUCAUCAUCAUCAUCAUCAUCAUCAUCAUCAUCAUCAUCAUCAUCAUCAUCAAGAAAAAAAGAAAUCGGCGAAAAAAAGGUGGGACGUACCAAAUCAGGUUUAGAAUUGUUUGACCCUAGUAUAACAAGAUCUAGAUCUCCAGGUCCUAAAAAAUCCCUGAUGAAGAAGCCGGGGGUGGUUGUUAUCCAUCGAGAUAACCCUAAGAUCUUCACCAGCAGGCUAUUUUUGAACAGCAAAAAACCAUAG